ACUCGUGAAUAAGAAGAAAAGCAAAGGGUGAAUCUCCGGACGCGAGAGCAAUUGUUAUACCCGUUUAGAAUCAUCGUACAGUUACAAAACGAUUCUGCUUCUCCGCUUCCAAAAUAAAUAACCAGAUUGUCCCUUCACACACGCCAUUUGCAUUUUCUGUCUCGUUACUAACGAACGAAUCUUUCUUCUUUCAAGUGUUGGUUUAUCCUUUCUCUUAAAGAUGGCUCAGGAAGAUGUUGCUACGGUGGUUGAGAAGUCUGUUACCUUCACCGCGUACAAGCCCCAGCUGAUCGUGGAGUCUCAGAAGGUAGGCGACGCUGUUGCCUUUUACAAGGCCGUGUUUGGUGCGGAGGAGACUGGACACUCUCUCUACCCUAAGCGUAAGGCUGACCAAGAGCUCCCUCACCUUGUCUCCGCCGAGCUCAACCUCGCUGGUACUACCGUACUUGUCUCUGACGUCUCCGUUAACUCUGGCUCUAAUGCGAACAAGGGGUCUAUGCCUGCGAUUCUCGAAACUGAUGACGUGGAAGCGGCCGUUGCGAAAGCCGUUGGCGCCGGAGCUGUCAAAGUGGAGGAGGAGGUUGAAGGUGAAGAAGGUGGAGUGAAGGGUAAAGUGACGGAUCCCUUCGGUUUCACAUGGAUCUUUGUUUCUCCGGCGAAGAAGAAUGAGAACGACGAAAAUAAAGAGGUCUAACUGACGUCUUCUGGUCGGUUUCUGAACAAACUUCUAUUAUCCUAGUCUGUUUAUGCUUUUAGUUUGUCUUUUUGUGGAAUCUCCGGUGUGUCAGUAAACCGGAUCGGUUAGCUAAAUGACUUUUGUUUCAAGUUUAAUUUUCACCCAUUUUGACAGUACUUUAUUGAAAGAAAACAAAAAUUAAUCUCGGA